AUGUCAGUUAUCGACAUUCGGUCGGCCUUUCGCCUUUUCAAGAUACGUGGAACAAACAUACCACUGGUGGGAUUCGUCUCUAAGGGUCAAGCCUAUUUUGAGCGCGCACUCCCUUCUGGGCUUCGCAGUAAUCCCGAAUUAUUUGAACGUUUGGGCGUUACACUAGAUUUUAUAUUCCCAGCUACCAAACUCGAUACUAACCGAUUCGUUGAUGAUUUCAUAGCCACCUACCUCCCUGCUAUAGGUGCCUGCGACGCAGCCAAGCUUCAAGCCCUUUUUGCACUCGUAAAAGUUCCAGUAGCGUUCGAGAAAUCAGCAAUCGACGUCACGCGUCUGAAAUACAUUGGCGUAUUACUGGAUAUGAUUGCCCGCACUGUGGGUCUCUCAGACCUUAAAAGGAAGGCUUACUCCGAGCUGUUACACAACUGGCUUACAAAGCGCGCCGCUACUGCUCGCAAGGUUGUCCCACUCGGAGGGCGACUUAUAUGGCUAUGUGCAAUUUUCCCUCAGGCUUGCCCAUACACGCCACGCAUCCUCUGGCGUUUGCGAAACAACCCGCAGCCGCAUAAAUACGUUCGCAUCGCAGCUGCUGUUUGA